AGUUAAGAAAGUUUAGACAUAUACCUACCAAAGUUAAUUAAAGUUAAGUUAGACAAUAUUUUUGGAAUUUUUUUUUUAGAAAAAGAAGUUGAUUUUGUUGGCCUAUUUAUUUGUGCGUCUUUUGGUACCCAUAAGAAAAUGUUAAUCCAUUGAAUGAUAUGAUGAACGCUAGUCAGAGAGUGGGUUUGGAAUUGGAGAGGGCAACAUCAUCAUCUAGAGUAGUGCCCAUUAAUUUUGAUGAUGAUGAUAAUAACUCAAUCAUUCAAGAUCCAAUUUCUCUUGCCCUCCUCUUCAAACUCCAUAACAAUAAUAUCUCUUUCAAAGUUGCAUCUUCCUCGUCACACAUUGGAGAUGAUGAUGAUGUUGAUGAUGAAGAAGGUCGGCGUAACACUUCCGGGAGCUCUGCGUCACCGGAUGAUUGGCUUCCGAUCACGCAAUCCAGGACUGGAAACUCAUUCACGGCGGCGCUACACUUGCUUUGUUCGGGGUUGGGUAUUCAGUCCCUUACACUGCCCAUUGCUUUUGUUUCUCUUGGAUGGUAACUAUUACAAGUUGAUUUUAUUUUAUUUUUAUUUAUUUCUUUUUGGCGUAACAUUAAUUAUUACUAAUGAUAGCGAAAGAACACUAUCUAAACUCAGUUUUAUUUGACUUAAACAGUAAGACUUUUCUUCAAAAGCCCUAAAUAUCAAGUAGUGCGCUUGGCCCUAUUACAUUUGCAUGGAUACUAAAACACACUAUGCAUAUAUAGUAAUUGACUAUGUUAACGAAAUUAUUUAAAUGUGACUUUAAUUUUUACUGCAUCUAUCAUUACUGUAAAGCUGGUGGAUUAAUUGUGGUGCAGGGUUUGGGGGUGUGUCUGUUUGUUAGUGAUUUUUGGCUGGCAAAUGUACACAUCAUUGCUACUUAUACAUCUCCACGAACCAAAUUCCACACAUCAUGCUACUGGACCUCGAUACAGCAGAUUCAUAGUCCUCUCCAUCGUUGCAUUUGGGCCAACAUUAGGAAAACUGCUGGCUAUAUUUCCAGCAUUAUACCUAUCAGGAGGAACAUGCUCGCUGUUCGUAGUAAGAGGAGGCGGAAUCUUGGAAUCGCUCGCCAAAUUACUCUAUUCUCAUCAUCAUCCUGAUUCGCCACCGGUUACGCCGGCCGAAUGGUUCUUGAUCUUUGUCUGCAUAGCCAUUUUGGUAUCCCAAUUCUUCCCAACAUUGAACUCCUUAGCUCCAGUCUCACUGGUGGGUUCAAUCUCAGCUGUGAUCUAUUUGUCAAUGUUAUGGAUUCUGUCCAUCACUUACACCACCAACCACCAGCCGCUGCCGCCCUCCUCCACCUCAUCGUGGCCGGAAAUAUUGUAUCGUAAAAAUUUUCGUGGAAUUAUGGAUGCGAUUAGUCUGAUUGCUCUUACUUUCAGAGGCCAUAAUCUUAUCCUGGAGAUACAGGGAACACUGCCUACAAGUCCACAACGUCCAGCUCGUAAGCCUAUGCUAAAAGGAUUCACAGCUUCAUAUGUAGUCAUUGCCAUGUGUGUUUUUCCUCUGGCAAUUGGUGGUUAUUGGGCGUAUGGAAAGACGCUGGGAGCAACAAUAACAAAUGGGAUCCUAGAACCAUUGACAUCAGAACUAUUUUUACAUGAGCACAAAACUCCAUCAAAGAAAUGGAUUCUCGCCACCAUUUACAUAGCAUUGCUGCUCCAUUUAAUAUGUGCUUUCAACCUCUAUGCCAUGCUGGCUUUCGACAACCUAGAAAGAGUAAUCUACGUGAGCAAGAACAACAGGGCGUGUCCGAGAUGGGUUCAAUCCGCGAUACGAAGCGUAUACGGAGGAUUCGUGUAUUUCCUAGCAAUGGCCAUGCCUUUUAUUGGGAAAUUAGGACCAUUUUUUGGUGCCAUGACACUUCCUUUGACUCUUGUUUAUCCUUGUUUCAUGUGGAUAGCUAUUCGAAAACGUAUGUCAUCUCGAAGAAAAUGGAGUAAUGAUAUGAGGAUCAGUUUGGGAGUUGGUUGUUUUGGGACUGGGCUGAGUUUCGUACUGUUUGGAGUUGCAUUGUGGGAUUUGGUGGAUUAUGGACUUCAAGGCAAAGCUAACUUCUUUAACCCUCAUUAAUUGACGGCAACUUUUGUGUAUUGCAAUUUUAUCGGAUGUUCCCAAAAGGAAAAAAAAAAUAAAAAAAAUUCACUUGUAUGCAAAUGAGAGAGCGCUGACUCGGACUAAUGGUCAGUGUUAUGCUAGAGUUGGUUUUAAAAUUUUGUAGCUCACCAGCUGAAAUAUUCAUUAAUAAGGGCCUCUAUAUGAAAAAUAUAAUGAGUACGUAUGAAAAUUCAAAAUGCAUUAAUAUAAUGCAAAGUAAAUUUCUUGUCGUGAGAGCUAAUUAAACUUAUCACAUUAAUCUAUUUUUCACUUCAUUCCAAAA